UCCGCCGCUACGAUUCAGCCGUUUGUAAAGGGGGACGGGGCCGAAAGCGUUUGCAUCUCUUCCCACUGUAUCACCACCACCCGCCGGGCUCCAUUCAGCGUCGUCCUGCACCAUUUAAUGUAGCCGUAUACCAACACGGGACAUCCUCCAUCAGGUCUGCGCAGUCGACGUGAACGCCUGCCUGGACACAGGAGAGGAUUAAGUUACUGUUCCUGGCGGCGGAUUAUUUUAUUGGCCUCCUCCUGUCACGCCCGAGUCUUUGGUGAUCCUUUUUCCAAUUAGGAGGUCGCUCAAAAGCCAGGCAUGUCUUUCCGGCGAGGUGUGGUCAGGCAGAGCAAGUUCCGCCACGUCUUCGCCCAGGCGUGGAAAGCCGAGCACUGCAUCGACGAUGUCAGAGUGUCCCGCGUGACGUGGGACAGCCCCCUCUGCGCGGUCAACCCCAAGUUCAUCGCCGUCAUCAUCGAAGCCGGCGGAGGAGGGGCCUUCCUCGUUGUUCCCAUCAGCAAGAGCGGCAGAAUCGAUCAGUCCUGUCCCACAGUGUGCGGCCAUGCAGCGCCGGUGCUGGACAUCCAGUGGUCUCCUCAUGACGACAACAUCAUUGCAAGUGCCUCAGAGGACUGCACAGUGAAGGUGUGGCAGAUCCCAGAUGGUGGCCUGACGAGUCCAAUGACUGAGGCCAUCAUGACCCUGGAGGGACACAGUAAAAGAGUGGGAAUCCUGGCUUGGCACCCAACUGCCUUCAAUAUCCUCUUGACUGCGGGCAGUGAUAAUGUGAUUUGUGUGUGGAACGUGGGAACUGGGGAACUGGUGUACCAGCUGACUGAUGCCCACCCAGAUCUGAUCUACAGCGUCAGCUGGAACAAGGACGGCAGUGCCAUCUGCACCGUCUGCAAGGACAAGGCUCUGCGUGUCAUUGACCCACGAAGGGGCACCGUCCUCAAGGUGAAAGAGAAGGUCCACCUUGGUUCCAAGCCAAUGAGAGCUGUGUUCCUCUCUGAUGGGAAGAUCCUGACCACAGGCUUCAGCCGUAUGAGUGACAGACAGCUGGUAUUGUGGGAUACUCAAGAUCUCUCUGAGCCAGUGGCAGAUUUUGAGAUAGAUUCAAGUAACGGGGUCCUUCUACCCUUUUAUGACCCUGACACAAACAUGGUCUACCUGUGUGGAAAGGGGGACAGCACCAUCCGGUAUUAUGAAGUGACCGAUGAAUCCCCGUAUGUACACUUCCUCAGCUUAUACGCCAGCAAGGAGCCUCAGAGAGGUGCGGGCUUUCUUAGUAAAAGAGGUGUGGAUGUCAACAAGUGUGAAAUUGCAAGGUUCUACAAACUCCAUGAAAGGAAAGUGGAACCCAUUUCUAUGACUGUACCACGGAAGUCAGAUCUGUUUCAGGGAGAUCUUUACCCGGACACAGCUGGCUUGGAGCCGGCUCUCCUGGCUGAUGAAUGGAUUGCUGGACAGGAUGCACCACCCCUGUUGGUCUCUCUGAGCGGUGGGUACACAGCCCCUCCAUCCAAGCACAGAGACACCCUCAGAAGCAAACCCCAGCUCGUCUCGCAGGACUCCGGAACUGCAGCUCCCACAUGUACAUCUACCUCUGCUGCCAAGGAGACCGAGGAAGAGGCGCCACAGCCACGAGUAGCCUCAAAGGAGACAGAUGGAAAUGCUGAGAGGCCAAAAAGAGAAGACGAUCUGUUGAACGAGUUGUUAGCAGAAAUGAAGGCCUUGCGUGCUGUCGUCCUCGCUCAGAGCCAGAGAAUCGAGUUGCUGGAGAGGCAGCUGGCUCGGAUUGAGGAUGGGGAUGUAUGAGCGAGGCGGAGAAUCACUACAUUCGGAGCGCAUUCUUACUAAAUCCAUAGACCAUAGCCUUACUAGAAUCAACAGUACCUUAAGCUGUGUGAGUGGGGGAAUGUAGUGAAGUGGAGCAACAAACUGAGUCAUGGUGGCUUACAACCAGGUCAGCUAUUGUGAUGGAAUUGAGACCACAAUUGGUUCUAUGAUUGAUUUCCAGACUGCUGAGAAUGUGGUUUCAUCUGCAUACAGUGAUUUCUGACAGUGAGAUAAUGUUUUGUUUUUCAUAUGAUGAAGUAUUGUAGCAGAUAUUUGGUGGUGGAUGUAGUGCAUCUUUGAGCUUUGCUAAAUCCUCAUGUUAAUUUUGAAGGGCUUUGAAGGAGUUACAAUGGCACAAUUGCCUCAAAUUAAUGCACAAAGUGGUGAUUAUAUUAGAGCUAAUGAAUACUAUAGCAAACCAAUGAAGCACCUCCAAUGUGAUUUUUCUUUUCUAUGAAACGCUCACAAAUGUAACCAUUAGGGCUAUUUAAUCAGGUAGUUAAAGCUGCUAAACUGUGAUGUCAUAUCAGACCCCCAGUUAUUAACUUAUUGUGUGACUUGUGCUUUGUUUUAUUACUUCAUUAUAGGCAGUGUGUGUAAGGUUAACGGUAGGGAAAUCUUCUGGUACACAAAUCAUGACCUUGACGGUGAGAAUCAUGUGAAUAAUAGCUGAGGAGAGUGUAGUUGAAUAUUUAUGUGUAUUGUAAUUCUGUGUCGGUCAAUGGAAAGGUAACACUUUGUGAUUUGUACCUCAUGUGAUCGGGAGGGGACAGCGGCUUUGCAGUUUUCUGUAACAAGAGUUGCCCAGUGCCCAGUUGUGCUUCAUACAGGACAUACUAAUGCUACCUAACACUAGUUAGAGUGCUUUCUCAGUAAAACACAGGCCUGCAGUUCAGUGAAGUGUUUGCAGCCACAAAAAAUAGGAAGCUACGAUGAAAUCUGAAGCAUUUUCUACAGUUUUCAAUUGCAUUUGUAUUGGUGUUAAAAUAUGGAAAGAUGAUCUUUUUUUUUUGGUUUGUGUUUUUUGACAUUACAUUUAGAAGGAUUUUUGUUAACUUCUUCAUCAGUCAGUGUGACAAUGGUACAUUCCACAUUAAGCGUAUCCCUUUAUUACUUAGGUCAUUUAUAUUCCUUUAUGCAAUUACCCCUUAACACUAACUGUAAAACCGGUAGCAGGUUAAAGGAGACUACAUUGUGAAAACCCAAUAAACAUUCA